CUUUUACUCCAAUGCAACCAUGGAGUGGUUAAUUUUGAAAGUAGAAGCACUUCAAAAUCUAACUUUAUUCAUUGCUAUUUUUCGCUUGGUUUUACUUCCCAAGGGUUAUGUUGAUCCAGGGCUUGUUGGACUCUCUCUUUCUUAUGCUUUGGCUUUGACAAGCACCCAAGUGUUCAUGAUUCGAUGGUAUAGCAGCUUGGCUAAUUAUGUUAUUUCAGUGGAACGAAUCAAACAGUUUAUGCACAUACCUCCAGAGCCUCCAGCAAUUGUGAAAGAUAGAAGGCCACCAUCUUCAUGGCCUUCUGAAGGGAGGAUAGAGUUACAGGAUCUAAGGAGAAGAUGGGCUGAGAUAGAAAUGGAAUGGUGAACUUCAAGGAAUUUCUUUUUGCUUUCACCCAUUGGGUUGGUAUUGAUGAUAUCGAGGCUGAUGAAGAAGGGAAAGGAAAGAGAAUGUCUGAAUUCAAAAUUUUAAGGCAUUGUUAACUGUCUAUCAACAGUGAUUAUGACCUGCACAGCUUAAGCUUCUCAGAUCUGUCAAAACCGCAACAAGUUGAAUAUAUAAACAUGCAGGAUCAAAUCACAAUUCUUCCCUAAAGUUUGUAUUGUAAAUAGU